GAAUCGUAGUGUAUCUCUAGCUGAUGCUGAAUAAAUCCCACCAUGGUAGCUGAGACCUUAGGCCUGGAAAGCUCCUCAAUAUGGGCUCUGGCACUGUUGGGAACUUUUACAGUAACUCUUCUUGGACUGGUGCACAAACUAGGACUGAUUUAUCAGCUCCGGCAUCAGGUGGACCCUAAAAGUACCCGGCAUGGUGGGGAGAUAGUGGCAGAGGUGCUAAAAGCUCAUGGUGUGCGUUACUUGUUCACGCUUGUGGGCGGACACAUCUCCCCCAUUUUGGUGGCUAGUGAAAAAUUGGGCAUCCGCGUUGUGGAUACGAGGCAUGAGGUGACCGCUGUGUUCGCCGCAGACGCCGUGGCCAGGCUCUCAGGGACGGUGGGAGUUGCUGCGGUGACAGCAGGACCUGGAGUAACAAAUACUGUGACAGCUAUGAAAAAUGCCCAGAUGGCAGAAUCCCCUGUGUUGCUGAUUGGAGGGGCAGCAAGCACAUUGCAGAAGGGCCGAGGAGCUCUCCAAGAUAUUGACCAGUUAUCUCUAUUCAAACCACUCUGCAAAUUCUGUGCCUCAGUGAGCACUGUCAAAGAUAUUGCUCCUGUGCUGCGGAAGGCAAUUGCUGUGGCCCAGUGUGACACUCCAGGCCCCGUGUUUGUAGAGUUUCCUCUGGAUAUUCUGUAUCCUUAUCAUUUGGUUGAGAGAGAGUUAUUUAGGAAUGUUUUCCCCAAGAACCUGAAAGGAAAGGCCUUGAACUGGUUUCUGCGCUAUUAUUUGAGAAACCUGUUCGCUGGAGCUUGGGAAGCACAAGACUUUUCACCUCUACCAGUGAACAUACCGGAAGCCACAAAGGCACAGGUGCAGCAGUGCGUGGAGCUGAUCAGCAGGGCUAAGAAGCCAGUUAUACUGCUUGGCAGCCAAGUGACCCUCCCGCCAAUCCCAGCAAAUAAGCUUAGGGAAGCUUUAGAAGAACUUGGGAUCCCAUGUUUCCUGGGAGGCAUGGCCCGUGGCCUGCUGGGAAAGAACAGCCCAAUGCACAUUCGUCACAACCGGCGUGAGGCUCUCAAGGAGGCAGAUCUGGUUAUUCUGGCAGGCACCGUCUGUGAUUUUCGCCUGUCAUAUGGACGCAUCUUGAGUAAGCACAGCAAAAUCAUUGCUGUUAACAGGAAUCAGGAGCAACUGUUUAAAAAUGCACGCUUUCACUGGACACCAAAUAUAGCCAUAAAAGGGGAUGCUGCAUCGUUCUUUGUAUGCUUAAACCAAAAGCUGAAAGGCUAUUCAUGCCCUCAGGACUGGGUGAGGAGCCUGAAGGAGGCUGAUGAGAAGAAGGAGAAAACAAACAGAGAGAAUGCAGAAGAACCGACAGAACAGCAUCUUAACCCACUGAAGCUCUUGCAUCGUGUGGAUUACUUGCUCCACGAAGACAGUGUACUGGUUGCCGACGGAGGUGAUUUUGUAGCAAGUGCGGCCUAUUUUAUAAAGCCGAGGGGACCACUAUCUUGGCUGGAUCCAGGGGCUUUUGGGACUUUGGGAGUUGGGGGUGGAUUCGCCUUAGGAGCCAAGCUCUGCAGGCCAGAAUCGGAGGUUUGGAUCUUAUACGGAGAUGGCUCUCUUGGAUUCAGCGUCAUGGAAUUUGAUACCUUUGUGCGCCACAGGAUACCCGUCAUUGCCCUUGUGGGGAACGAUGCCUGCUGGACUCAGAUUUCCAGGGAGCAAGUGCCCUUGUUGGGCAGCAACGUCGCUUGCGCUUUGGAUUACUUGGAUUACCAUGUGGUGGUGGAAGGUUUAGGAGGGAAAGGUUUUUUGCUCACACGCCAGAAUGAGGACCAAAUGGACGACAUCAUCCGGACAGCACAAUCCAUAUGCCGGAGUGGGCAGCCCGUCCUUCUCAACGCCUUGAUUGGGAAAACGACCUUCCGUGAAGGCUCCAUUUCUAUGUAGGCUGUGGCUGUGGCUGUGGCUGCAGUACCUGAGCGUUACCUAAAGAGUAGAACCACUGCUUCGCAUGGAGGCUCCAGCUGUUGAAUUGCCAUUAAGCUAGGGGUUGGGUCAGAAUUGCUAGCUAUUGUUAACACUUAGUAAGCUUUGAGGCCCUCUGUCAAUAUCUAUUAUUUCUGUUGUCCCAUUUUGCUUCUGUUUUUGUUGGUGAAAGUCGCUUUAAUUUGGUGGCUCUUCCCUUUUCGUUAUCAUGGUAUGUUUAGCUUGGCAAACCUCGUUGACUAAUCCUGACCUGCCAAUCAGAAAUACUGUCUAUGUCUACUGAAAAAAGCAUGGUGGGUAAAGAGAAAAUUUAAUUAUUUUCUUGUACAUUGUGGCAAAAAUCUAUUUCUCAGGAGAAUAUAAAAAACUAGAGAGUAUAUUAAUAACAAUAGAAUAGAAUGCAAAUAUCAGUGAAUACUCAACAUACCUUGUGAUAAGAAAUAAUACAAAUGUGUAACAAUGUAUUCAAACUAUAUUAGAAGUAAAGUUGUAAUUUAAAAUUUGUCAAAUUACUUUUUGAAGUUUAGCUGGAAAAAAUUAAAUGUAAUUGUCAAAGCAACUUAUAUGAGCAAAAUCAAUCAGUUUUAUUUUCUCCUUUGGAUUAUUUAUUAAACCUGAAAGAGUAAAUAUAAUGAUCUUUGAAUGUUUUUUUUAAAAAAUGUGUAAUAAUUAUAGUUUGACCAAAUUUGACUGAUUUUGUUAGACAUUUUUAGUUAUAUGUGUUUUGCAUAUUUUGAAAUUUUUAGGUCUUAAUUCCCAAAGUAUUUUGACAACUUACUCAAUUGAUAUAAUUUAAUAUAUAAUGUGAUACAUAUUUGUAGUUUACCCAGAUUCUAUUAAUGAUUUAUAUAUAUUUUUGUAGUGUGCUUUAAGGAAUUUAUUCAAUACAAAUUGGAUAUCAAAUAAAACCCACUUAAUAAUCUUCA